AUGUCUGAUCACCAGGACUCCAGCGCAGAUACUAGUGGAUCCUCGGACUCUACAGGGGGAAAAAUCUGGUUAUCGGGACGAGAAGCACCCAAAAAGCCGGAUUCAUACUUCAAAGAAUCUUUCGAGCCAUCAAGCGACUCCGGUGCACCGUCCUUAAGCGUCUACAUCGACUAUGCGAGAUUUGCGGAUUCAAGUCACAACUCAGACAGUUCGGGCGGUCACGACUCGACGUCCUCAAAACAUUUAUCCCUGGAUAAUGCUGCCCCAGAUGGGCUGUCUGAAAAUGUGGCUACCUCAAAUAAAAGAAUCGCCAUCCAGAAGAGCUAUCAAAGUUUGCAAAAUCCUAUCCUGGCCUCAAAUUUCAAGUCUCAAAGCUCUGAUACCAUCAACACCGACGUGCUUUUGAGUUCCAGGAAAGCGUCUAGCAACAUCAACGACAUACCAAUCUUGGGGACUCCUGACAGUAAUUUGAAGAAAUACGCCAAUUUCGAAAAUGGUAUACCACUCAGACCUUUGAAGCAUCACCCUGCUAAUCAAGAAAGGGACAGUCGAAAAACAAUUUCGACAUCACUACUUGACUCAAACAGCAUACGCAGAUACUCUGACAUGUCUGGGCCGGAUGCAAGAUCCUCUUCUCAUUAUGGAGAUGAUACCACCAACACUUUUAACCCUGCAACACCGUUAGUACCAAUACACAACGAGAUUGAAGAAGAAAGUGAAGAAAGCUGGGAGUACGAAAAACACUCAAAGCCAUCCAUUGAAGAGGCUGUCAAGCUUUUCAAACAAGAAGCCUCUGCCUUGCCACCGGUUCAACUGAUAGAUCCAAGUAGUCCCAUGAUUCAAACAAAUACCGUGCCUAAAAAAGCAUCUCAAAGCUCUUUACAAAGUCGUGUUAGCGAUCAGACAUCACGCUAUUCACAAACGAGGCGAUCGAGAAGAGGUCCGCAGUAUCCCUCUUUACUCACUUCUAUCUUAGUACCGCCACCAAACACUAACAGGAAAAAGGUAAAGAAAACAACAAAAGACGUCUCACCAACCAUACCCGCACUUCGAAAGGUUUCUGGAAACUCCGAAAAUUCCAAGACAUCAAGUCAAGGCCAAGACAUUGAGGUUGAUAAACCAAGAAAAAAGGGCUCAAAUACAACGCAACACAUACAUGCAACAGCUCAACUGCCGUAUCGAGAUGUUCAAGAUGACUUGCAUCAAAUCUACCAGUAUCGAGAUAUGCUUAAUGGAAAAGACGUAGAAAAGGAAGCGUUUUACGCUCAAUACAUCGAUUCGUCAUCCAUUUCAUCACGAGGUUCUCAGCUGGGCAAGUUUCGAGAUAUUUUUAGCUUGUCAAGAAUAGCAAUGGUGCUACUACUUUGCAUGCUUGUGCCACCGCUUUAUUUCAUUAUAGGUUGGGGAUCUGGAACGUGCAUGUCUGACAAAAAACUCAUGAAAAUGAUAAUGAAUAAAGAACAUCGAGAAGGCAUUCUUGCAGGUUUUGUAUGGGACGUAAACCUGCGAUGGUUCAGGAAUAUGUGUUUAUUACUGGGAUUGCUAGAAGUGCUUAUAAUAUUAGCCUGCGUAGGGGUUGGAAUAGGAGUAGGGCUGUCCAAAAGUUGA